CGGAGCGGAGCGGGCGGGCGGAGGGGGCGCUGUGAUCGCGGGGCAGGUCGCUGGGCGCUCGGAGGGCUCCCGCCGGAAGCAGGGGCGGAGCGGCCGCGCGAAAUGUGGUGAAGGGCGAGCGGCGGGUGGCGGCGAUGAGUGCGACUGCGGCCACCGGGGUCUUCGUGCUGUCCCUCUCGGCCAUCCCGGUCACCUAUGUCUUCAACCACCUGGCGGCCCAGCACCACUUCUGGACAAUUGUAGGGGUUGCUGCCCUCAUCCUGCUCCUGGUGGCCCUGUUGGCUCGAAUCCUCGUCAAAAGAAAACCACCCCGGGACCCGCUGUUCUAUGUGUACGCCGUGUUCGGCUUUACCAGCGUGGUGAACCUCAUCAUAGGCCUGGAGCAGGACGGAGUCAUCGACGGGUUCAUGACGCACUACCUGCGAGAGGGUGAACCGUAUCUGAACACGGCGUAUGGGCACAUGGUCUGCUACUGGGACGGCUCCGCCCAUUACCUGAUGUACCUGGUGAUGGUGGCGGCCAUCGCAUGGGAGGAAAGUUAUAGAAACAUUGGGCUGUACUGGGUCGGAUCGAUUAUGAUGAGCAUGAUUGUUUUUGUGCCAGGAAACAUUGUAGGGAAGUUCGGAACACGUGUUUGCCCUGCUUUCAUCUUAAGCAUACCGUACACAUGUCUUCCUGUCUGGGCCGGCUUCAGAAUCUAUAACCAGCCGUCGGAAUAUUGUCAUUACCCGUCCAAGGUCGUUCAAGAAGUCCAAGCAAAGGACCUGCUGAGAAGACCAUUUGACUUCCUGUUGGUCAUCUGCCUCCUCCUGGCAACUGGAUUUAGCCUGUUUAGAGGCUUGAUUGCUCUGGAUUGCCCAGCCGAUUUCUGCCGAUUUUAUACCCAGUUUCAAGAGCCCUACCUGAAGGACCCUGCCGCUUAUCCCAAGAUCCAGAUGCUGGUGUACCUGUUCUAUUCUGUCCCUUACUUCGUGGUGGCGCUUUACGGACUGGUGGUGCCCGGGUGCUCCUGGAUGGCUGACGUCACCCUGAUUCACGCGGGAGGCCUCGCGCAGGCUCAGUUUUCUCACAUCGGUGCUUCCCUUCACGCGAGAACCGCUUACAUCCACAGGGUCCCCGAGGAAGCAAAGAUCCUCUUUCUAGCGUUCAACAUAGCCUAUGGAGCCCUUCCUCAGCUCCUGGCCUAUCGCUGCGUCUACAAGCCGGAGUUCUUCCUCAAAGCAAAGGCAGAGGAGAAGGCUGAAUGAAAACAUGACUUCCUGUGGCCCUUGUCGAGAUGGCGGGAUUUUGAUUCCCUGGUCCUGGGGUUUCGUCUCAUUCCACUCCCUUCCCCUACACCAACACUGUUCUGCACUGAGUAUGUGAGCUAUCUGUGGGACUGCGUGGGUCAAUUUCUUUUUUCUUUUUAUUUUUUUUGAAGGAAAGCUGAAGUUGUUGAGAGAAACAGUUUGUUUAAAGAAAUUUAUUCAAAAAUUUAUUGUGAGAAAACUUGACCGUCUCAAUGUUCUGUUUGCGCAUACGGAGUGUAUGUGUGAAAAAUAACUAUUUAGCUCCUAACAACAGUGAGCAUGGAAACAAAACUACUCAAAAGUGAAUAUGCUUUAUGCGUAUUAAAAAUUCAAAAAAGCAAAUUGAGAUUGGAGAAAUAUUUUUGCAUAUAAGAUGUCUAUGCUUCAUUAUCAACAUCAAUAUAUAAAAGGCAAGUUACCAGCGUAUUUUACAAUGCUACUUGACAAAUGUUUUCCCAGGGGAAGUAUAUUAUUUACUGUUGUUUUAACAACUGCUUUUACUAAAAUGUUUUGGUGAGUUUAAACAGCUAAGGAGGGAUCGAUAACUUUAUUAUUAUCCUUAAUGGAAUACUUGUUUAACUGGUGAAAGGAGAGAUUUCUAUUGUAUUUCUGUGUAUAUUUUUAAUAAAAUUAUUUUUGACCUUU